AUGGAGAGAAUUCUAUCAUUUGCAUGGCUGGCAUACGACGUGCUGGCUGUCGUGAAACAAGAACGAGUAAUUAACGAGGAAGACCAUAUACCAGCUGCAACACCACUUUAUGAUAUGUUGAAACAACGCAUUGAAGAGUAUUGUAAAGAGAACAAAGCGAGAUUUUUCAAUUUUGUAAAUUAUCCAAAUCAUGAGGUGCUGAUGCCGAUCCGGAUGUAUACGGAGCACUAUAACGGUUUGGCUCGACUGAUGUUUGUCGUCUCGGAAUGGGCAGAGCGAAAUAAACUCUUGACAGGUGGACUUGAAAACCACCACAUCUGCCUUAUCCUCAUCCUGUUUGCCAUCGGUCGGAUUCCAGGUUGUCUUAAUCGUCCAAGGCCGUUCUUAGAUAAGCUGGAAGAUUAUGAUGUUCGCUCUGACGACCUCGAGGAAAUAGAUGAAGACACCCAAGUGGAAAUUCUUGUCGCAUUUUUCGAGUAUCUUGCCUCGAGGGCUUUCCGUAAGCUCACACAUAUCUCUUUUGAUGAGCUUGAGUACGCUUCCGUAUUUUUACGGGGAGAGUGGAUUCCCAUGCAUGAG